GAUUGUGAUUGCACACACACACACACAUACACACUCACGCAAGCACACACACGCACACACACACAAGAGCAUAGCUGAGAGGCAAGGACUGCAGCAGCAUGCACCAACCGCGGCUGAGCUGUUCGGGGACACGAGGAAGGGGAAGUGAGGAGAGAAAACAGUGUGCUCGCUCACACCAGCCUGCGUGAGCAUCUUUGCAGCGGUGGGAACGAUGCAUUUCAAGAGCAGAUAGUUUAUGUUAUCCGGACUCAUCUGCACUGCCUCUGCAUCCCAUUCACCCUGCUCCUCCCACUCCAAGUCUUCCUCCUCCUCCUGUCUACAGCAUCAUUAGACAGGACUACAGAUUGACCGGGACUGGCGAGUGGUGGAGGGUCAGGUUUGCCCCGGCUGAUAGAUUCGUCUGUGGCUAUGCUACAUCUACUCCUUCACUGAUGGCUGGAUUGUAAUCAACAUUUGGAGCAGGAAGAUAAUCCACAACCCGCAAGGAAUCUUGGAUGUGUGUGUCACUCUUUACCGGUGUUGUCAUUGGCGCAUUUCCUCUAUUUCGCUGGUUGUUUUUGCCUUCUCUGAGACUGGCUAGCAGGCACUGCAGCAUCAGGACCGCAAGACCCAUGAAGAGGUAGGGCAUGAGGACCCAGGGGCGACCCAAAGGAAGGGCUUGAGUGCUUCCAUUGCUACCACUGCUGCUGAGGUGCUUAUCUUGAUUUUUUUUUUUUUCACCAGAAAAGGGUGUCUGGUGGGGGUUGGGGUGGGUGGUGACAGCACAGGUACCCAGGCCCCUGCAGAGCAGAGCGGGUGGCUCUUGCGUCGAGGCAGGCAGGACGUCCUGUGGGAAAGGUGGGGGGGGGAGAAGAAGGGCUGGCUCGAGCAUUGGGCUCCUGAUGGUGGCUAUUUUUGUCUUCCCUAGCUGAGUGAUUGGGACAGCGGGUGGAAGAGAAGAUGCUUAUGGCCCGAGACACAGCGCGGGACGAGGCUCAAAAGCUACACAGGAAGUGGCUGAAGCACCAGGCCUUUAUGGCGGAACUGGCCCGCAAUAAAGAAUGGCUGGCCAAGAUAGAACAGGAGGGUCAGGAGCUGAUCCAGGAGAAGCCAGAGCUGCGUUUAGUCGUUCAGCAGAAGCUGGAGGAGAUCAGAGAGUGCUGGUCUGACCUGGAGAGCACGACCAAGGCCAAGGCCCGCCAGCUCUUUGAAAACAACAAGCCAGAGCCGGCAAUGAAGAGCUACUCGGACCUCGACAACCAGCUCUCCCACCUGGAGCAGCAGCCUCCCCAGCUGGAACAGGCACACCAUCUGCCCACCUUCAAUGAGCAGCUCCAGAAAUUCCAGGCUAUGGAAUCUCAGAUAGGGGACUUUUACAAGGAUGUGGGAGAGCUGGGAAGCUUGCAGGGGGUCUGCCUACCCCAGCAAGGGCUGAUGGCAGGUGACAGGGAGGGCGGCGAGCAGUCAGGCGUGGUGGAGACCCGCAUCGUCCGCCUCAUUGAGCCCCUGAAAGAGAGACGCCGCAUCCUGCUGGCUUCCAAAGAGAUGCACCAAGUCGCUCAGGACCUGGAGGAUGAGAUAACACUCCAGAGGGAGCUGACAGGGCGGCGGGCUCGUGUUGAGGAGGUUCUGGACCGGGCGGGGAUAAUCGCUUCGCUGAGGACUCCUGAGGUGGAGUUUGUGCGUGAAGGGGCAGGGCAUGUGCGCCAGCUCUGGGAGGUUUUUCAGCUGGAGACGGAAAGGAGGUCUGUGAUGCUGGACGCCGCGCUGCAGGCUCAGCAGUACUACAGUGAGGCGGCUAAAGUCGAGUCCUGGCUGUCAGGUCAGAAGCUCCAUCUGGUCAAUGAAGAAAAAGGCACGGACGAGGCGAGCACCCUGCAGCUGCUGAAGGCCCACCUGGCUCUGGAGCAAACAGUGGAAACAUAUGCAGAGACAGUAGGCAUGCUAUCCCAGCAAUGCCAGCAUCUACUGGAACUUGGACACCCAGAAAGUGAGCAGAUCACCAAGCAGCAGUCCCACAUAGACCGGCUGUAUGUGUCUCUGAAGGACAUGGUGGAGCACAGGAAGACCAAGCUGGAACAGCAGUACUGGCUCUAUCAGCUCAACAAGGAGGUGGAGGAGUUAGAGAAGUGGAUCACUGAGCGCGAGGUGGUGGCCAGCUCCACUGAGCUGGGCCAAGACCUCGAGGAUGUCACGGUGCUUCAGGAGAGAUUCACCAAGUUUGCCUCAGAAACCAACAGCAUUGGCCAGCAGCGCAUGGAGCAGGUGAACAAAAUGGUGAACGAGAUGAUCGACUGUGGCCACUCGGACGCAGCCACCAUCGCUGAGUGGAAGGACGGACUGAACGAGUCGUGGGCCGACCUCCUGGAGCUGAUGGAGACCCGCAGACAGAUGCUGGCAGCAUCGCACCAGCUGCACAAGUUCUUCACUGAUUGCAAAGAGGUCUUGGCUCAGAUCGCAGGGAAGAUGAAGCAGCUGCCAGAGGUGAGGGCGUGCCAAGCCAACAUCACCAAUCCAGCCACCCUGCAGAGACUCAUGCACUCCUUUGAACAUGCCCUUCAACUGCUAGUCGCACAGGUGAGGCAGCUGCAGGAGAAUGCUGCCCAGUUGAGGACCAUCUAUGCAGGUGAGAAGGCUGAGGCCAUUAUGGUCAAAGAGCAGGAAGUGAUGGAGGCGUGGAAGGAGCUGCUGAGCUCUUGUGAGGCCAGUCGCGUCCAGGUCACUUCAGUAACCGACAAGGUGCAGUUCUUCUCAGUGGUGCGUGAAAACCUGAUGUGGAUGGAAGGCAUCAUGGGCCAGAUAGGAUGGGAUGAGCCCCGAGAUUUGACGGCUCUCGAGGUGAUGAUCAGACAACAUCAGGAGCUGAAAGCCAAAAUAGACGGCCGCAGCAAGACCAUACAGCAGUGUGCAGAUCUCGGCAAGAUCCUGAUAGCUGCAGGCAACCCUGCAUCAGAGGAGAUAAAAGAGAAGUUGGACAGCCUUCUGGCUAAGCAGAAGGAUCUUGUUGAAAAAUGGGACAAACACCAGGAAAAGUUACAGCGCAAGCAGGAAAAGUUCCAGUUUGCCCAGGAGACAGUAAAGGCGGAAGCUUGGCUGAAAGCCAAGGAGCCGCUGAUCACCUCUAAGGAGCCAGAGGGAGGAGAGGCCCGGGCCCAAACAGACGAGGUUGAGCAGCUCAUCCUUCGCCACGAGGCCUUCCGCAAGGCUGCGGUAACCUGGAAAGAACGCUUCAGCUCUCUCCGCCAGCUUUCCGCAGCUGAGAAGAAAAAAGAGGAGGAGAAAAAGACAACCCCACUCUCCAGCCGAAGGAUGUUCCCAUUAUCUUGUCUGACUCCCAGUGUUCCCUCAACCAGUGCUACCUCAUCUUUCUUGAGGCAUACGGUACAGGCGCAUAUAGAACCCAAACCCUUACAGACCAGUCUGGAUCUGGGUGCCACCCCUGCAACCCAGAGACUGUCCUCAACCCUCGCCAGCUACAACCCAGUUAUAAAUGGAUCAGGCUACCACGGACUGGAACAGCAAUGCAGUGGGAAGUUGGUGAGCUCUUCGUACCUUGGGAUGAACCACCAGGUGGCUGGAGGUGGAAGUGACUCCGGUUUCUCUGCGCUGACCUCCCACAGUGUUGGAGCAGACACUUCUACUUACCUUGGGCUAAACCAUCAAACUACUGGCAGUGCAGAGAGCUCUGGGUACUUUGGACUGACUACUGGGUGUGUGGGUGGUAUGCAAAACCAUCUAGGCAGUGGCAGGUUAGGAAGUUCAGGUAACCUAGCUCAGCAACAAAGCAGUGGGAUGGGAAGCCCUGGCUUUCUGCCUCAACAGAAUAUGGGCAGUUCUGGAUAUUUGACCCAGCCACAAAAUAUGGGAAGUUCUGGAUACUUAGGACAGCAGCCUAAUUUAGGGAGUUCAGGAUAUUUGGCACAACAGCCUAAUAUGGGGAGUUCUGGGUAUUUGGCACAACAGCCUAAUAUGGGGAGUUCUGGGUAUUUGGCACAACAGCCUAAUAUGGGGAGUUCUGGGUAUUUGGCACAACAGCCUAAUAUUGUGAGUUCUGGAUACCUAGCGCCGAAUUAUCAGAGCAGUGGGGGAUUGGGUAGCUCAGGCUAUCUGGCACAAAAUCAUUACAGCAGUGGAAGUCUGGGCAGUUCUGGUUACCUGGCGCAGAGUGGUGGCAUCAUGGACCCUAAAAUGGCGUAUGCAUGGCAGCACCUGAAAGCUGACUUCAUCCAGCCCAGAAUCAACCAUAUUCACAAGGCUGUAAACCCCCUCCUAGAAGCCAGCAGAGUGCAGCGGGAACAGUUUGGGGACAUCCCUAUGGCAGACAUGGUGGGACCAGAGUCAGGGCUGGAGCUCCUUCACGGCCGUCUCCAGAGGGAUCCCCGUGGCAGCCGCUCUGAUCCUCAGAUGGAUCAUCUGAGGCGAGAGAGGGAGUACAAGCUGGGCAGACAGACCUCCAGCGAACAGGAGAUCCAGGCCAGGCUGAACGAGCUGCCGCUGAUUGUGCGUCAGGAGCGAUACCGGAGGCGCCUGGAGAGGCAGUCAUCGAGUGAACAGGAGGGGAGCAGCAAGCAGAGGCUGCAGAGGCAGGACUCGAGUGACCUGGAGGGCUCUGUUAAGGAGGGCUCUGACAAACGCUCAGGGGAGAAGAGAUCGACCAUGGCAGAGAUUGUAGAACAGGUCCAGGAGAGAGAAGCAGCAAAUGCACGAGGAGAGCCUUAUCGGCCUCCUAGCAGCCUCUCAGCACCCGUGACUCGUUUUGAUGGACGUCCUCGUGCCCGAGACCGCCCCAAACCAAGGAGGAGGCCCCGUCCAAAAGAGCCUGAGGAGACACGACGUUCUCGCUCAGCUCCAGCUACUGGUGCCCCAACGACACCUCAGCCGCCUUCACACACUGCCCAUAAUGAAGGUUUCCUCUACCGCAAAAAGGUCACCACCUCUGACCUUGAAGCUCAGCAGAGAAGCCCAAACAGCAAGUCCUGGGUGAACGUAUAUUGUGUGCUGAAAGAGGGACAGCUGACCUUCUACAAGGAUGCUAGGCACCACAACACAACGUACAAUGAAGAGCCUCCCGUUGACCUUAGUAACUGCUCAUUUGAUCCUUCAAUGGGAUACAAGAAAAAGAAAAAUGUCUUCAUUCUUCAAAUAAACGAUGGAAACAACUUUGCAUUCCAUGCAAAAGAUGAGGAGGACCUGAAGGCUUGGACUUCAAAUAUCACCACCUGUAUAGCUGAACAUGAAGCCAUGGCCAAGUGGGACAAGCCCGGCACCUCGUCCAUGGACCCCGACGGUUCAGAGAGGAAGGAGAAGUCGGAGGGGGACGCAGAUGCCAGGUCAGAGAGGUCCGAGCUCGCCGAAGGGGAGGAGAGGUCUGAGAAGGAGAGGUCAGAGAAAGGGGAUGGCUCUGAGAAGUUAGACACAUCAGAAAUUGCCGACAAAUUGGAGGGCGGGGCGGGGGGCUCCAGCACGUCUGGCAAGAGCAAAUGAGGAGCCCCUUUGCAUUUUAACAUUACUCACUGACAAAAGGUGUGGGAGGCGGUGGGUGGGAGGGAGGGAUGGAUGGAGAGCAUGUGCAGCUAGGUUUGCAGAUCCUCGUUCACAGAGCUGGAACACACUGAGGCCAUGGUCCUUGGACUGACUAUUGUUACUGUGACAGACUAAUCUCUCAGCCCCUCCCCGUCACCCAGGCAAUACAUCAGUGCUUGCAUUGUGCCACCUGCUGGUAGAUAAGAGGUCGGCACAGACAGACAGACUGACUCCAACAAGUGGUCCCAGGAAUUAGCCACUGUCACGUCCCAUCGAUGAUCGUUUAAUCUCUUGGAUUCACAGCAUCUUUCUGUAUGUAUCUUUGACUGAUAAUGUAAUGUCUAGGUAGACAAACCCGAGAAGAGGUGAAUGAAAUGUUUCACAAUAUUAAAAAAGAAAAACAUUUUUUUGAAGCAAUAUACUUUUUUAUUUCUUCUCUUUGUUAAAGAGAGAAAAAGGGAAAAGGAAACAAGAAAUAAUUGCAAAUGUGAACCCUAUGAUUUGUCACAUCCACGUAAGCUUACUCCAGGCAGUUGUGCACCUUAGACACUUGACACAUCUGUAUACUUAUCAUAAUGACAUUUAAUCCCAUCACAUGGCUAGCUUUGAAUCAUCUUAAUAUAAUGGAAUGCUGGUGUUACCCACCUGACUUCAUUGGUGUCAAUGAAUACACAUUUCUACAGUUUCCUUUCAACAUUUUAUUAUUAUUAUUAUUAUUAUUAUUAUUAUUAUUAUUAGUCCACAAUGAUCCAUGUCAAGAAAAGAGCUUUCCAUCAAAUUCUAAUCCAUUAACCCAAGGUGUGUUCAAAGUGGCAAUGCUCAAAGUGACACAAUGCCUUUGUAUACAUGACAAAAAUCAGAACAUUGCAUGAAAUAGUCUAUUAGUGCACCUGUUAAACUUGCCUUUAUUUUUAUGUUCUUGAAAUAAGUUGGGCAGUAUUGCAAUAAUUUAAUGUGAGUGCGGGAAAUGGAUUUGCUAUCAUGGUCCAUUUCUCAAAAUUCAGAGGUAAGUUUGACAAGGUAGGGUUGUCUUCUAUCCACAGUAAGCAUGAGAAGAAGGGGUUGUUUUUUUGGGGAGAAGUGACUACUCCUUGAUCUGUAACAUGAAUUAAGAAGCCAAAUGGCCCCUCUGCUGUUUGUACUGUAUUACUGCAAUUUACUUUCCACAGAAUGUACUGAUUUCAGCUGUGAAAUGUUCAAUCACCACUGAGUUUGUGGUGCCCAAAAUUGUAAAACCCUGAAGCAGUUCACUGAGAGUUAAACCUCUCUGUACCCUGUGUCUUUCAUUUGAAGUUCAAACUGAUUGGAAUCUCUCCAUCAAAGGCAAGUUAAAUGUAAAACUGUCAUGAUUCGAGUCAUGAAUUGUAUAUACCUAUCUUUGUAUGUAUACCAAUAAACCCUGUGCUCUAAUAAAACAAUACUCUGAAGUGAAAUGGGUAAAAUUAAAACAUUUGUAUUAAUCCACAAAUAAAAACAAUCAUCACUCAAAUAUAUUAAUGUUUAUUACAUUUAAUGAAAAAUAUGCAAAUUAGGAGUCACUAUUAUAUACGUACACCAGUAUCUAGUUGUAUGAAACACCUUUUACCAGGGAAGAGCAGCAGGACAUACUGUAGGUAUGCUUGCUGUAUUUUUAUAUGCCUAUAUUUAUUCAUAUCAGAUUCAGGAGUUGCCCCGCAGCCCCAAUAAGAACUUGUAAGAAUAGCUGAUUGAGUAGUCAGUGUGUCUGUGACAAGUGUGCUAAAUUUAUAUAUUACAGACAAAAAAAAUCAACUAGUCUGGGCAGUUCAGUAUAAACUGCUCUGGAUAAUCUAAUCAUUGGUGACUGUACGAAGUACAGUAUGCUGUGAUCACAGAACAGGCAUUAGUCCACUUAUGGUUUGUUAUGUAUGUCAAUUAUUUUUACAUAUAUAAGUACAAUUAAUGUUUCCUUAAUGUCAGUAAAAUGUAGCCAUUUUGACACAUUGUACUCACAUUAAAAACAAAGGAGGAAAUACACAUGCAGUGUGCAGCAGCUGAGACUUUGUUCAAAUGUAGUUAGUGUUUUUCCAUUUUCCAUCCUAUCAAAUCGCACCUCAAAUAUGUAAAAAAAAAAAAAAAAAAAAAAAAGACUAAUUAACAGUCUUCCUUUCUAUAAAAACACCAAAAGUAUAUGUCAGAUGCAGUCAGUAAUUCACUGACUUGAGGAUUGUAGUGACAGUGUGCUGUGUCUGUCUGUAUAACUGCAGCCUUCAAAUUAGUUGAACGAGAACGGACAAGCUAUGCUAUGAUGUGAAUGUUAUUUUCAUUUGUCACUCACUGUUUUUACAUAAGUGCCAUGUCAUGCAGUUUGCUGAAACGUGGGGUUCAAAAGAGAAAACAACAACUGGUUAUUGAAACAUGAAUAACUGGCUGUAAUUGUUCUGAUUCAUUGCUCAUGGAAGAUAUUCAGCCCGCAUCACCAUGUGCGUUUAAAAGUGUUUGCUUCGCAUCACUUUUAUGAAACACACACGGGAUUUUUUUCAACAGUGUUAUAACAGUAACAGUCGAAAUUAAAUAGGCAGCAUAAACCGUGACUGAAGAAAAAAAUAUUGUGCAAACUUUGUUUCCUUCAUGGAUGGUCUUAAAAGUGUGUAUGUCUUUGUUACUUUACAUUACAACUUGCUGCUAUGACAUUAAAUAAACCUCCAAACCUGCUGAUGCAAACUUGACGUGGAAUUGAUGUGGACACACGUGCUGGUCACAGACACACCUAACAGACAGGAAACAGUUUGCUCCUCACAUUGGUUUUCAACUGCAAGCUGAGUGGUUCUCUACUCAACUGCGCGUUCUUGAAACUAACAAUCAACUUUUACUGCAGCUCUCUCAGUAUCCGUGAAUUUGAAGGUGAAGACUCCAGCUGAAAAGACACAACAUUAGCAUCAUGGGGUAGCAGCAGCAUUAUGGAAUACAUUUUGGAGGUCGUACCGAACAUACAGUAAAGUAUGUAGGUAUGACACAUGUAAACACACUCAACUGAUACACUUAUUAAAAUGAUGAAAAUAUCCUUUUUCAAACCACAGUCUGUGUUCGUCACAUAACUGUUAAGCGCCCCCUGGCGUUAGAGCUGGACUAGCCUUCAUACUGACUCUAGUGCAGGACUGAAUCUUUGGUUCGACUCAACUGAAGGCCUGGUAUUUUCCAAACUGUGUCCAUGUCAAGGGGUUAUCUAAAUGCUUCCGAUCUGUCCCGCUUGCUUCUGUACAUACAGUAACUGGGACAACGCAAACAUUUUUAUGCUGUAUUUAUGGCUUUCUUAUAGCAACCAAUGAAAAUGCGGAAUCUCAUCCCAGCUACGUAUGUGCAGUUUUGAAUAAAAUGUGAGUGGACAUGUGAAUCAUUUAUGUGAGUAAAAAAAAAAAGGUUCAUACAACUUUUGUUUUGCACUAAAGUACAGCCCCAUGCACAGUGUAAGACAGUAUGCAGGGUCUCUUCUAUAAUAAAACACAAAUACAUACAUACAUGUAUACAGUACUGCACAAAUUCAGCACAACUUGAUGUGUUUUAAGAAUGUACAUUUUAAUUAUGAUUUGUUUAUUGAAUUGAAUAACAUCUGCCAAUAUCUGUCUGUGGAAAUAUGAAAUAUGGUAUUGUCUCAUAAAAUCUGUUCAUCCCUUGA